AUGUACGACUCUGGAACAACAACUAUCGGCGAAUAUACAUUUAUCUACUCUGGCCACUCAAGUGCAGACAAGACUCGUUCAGCUCAUGGAGUAGCCAUAUUUCUUAACAAGCAAGCAACAACAGCAUGGAAAACCCUCGGUUCAACUUGGGAAGCCGUUAAUGAACGUAUUGUCAUGGUUCGUCUCGCAUGCAAACCAAUAAAUGUUACCGUCAUAGCUAUCUAUGCACCUAUCAACCCAAAAAAUCAGCAGCAAGCCAGUUCAACAACAGAUCCUUUUUAUGCAGAUCUACAAGCUACAAUCAAGAAAGUGCCAAAAUCUGACAUGCUCCUCAUUAUUGGUGAUUUCAACGCUCGUGUUGGUCAGAACAACAUCGUACAAGUAGCAAUGUCGUUGGUCCUCAUGCAGUGGAUACCAUAA